AUGGGGCACGACGUGGCGAACAUGUUCUUCGUGGUGCUGUUCACGCUGGAGAUGCUACUGAAGCUGUACAGCCUGGGUUUCCAAGGCUACUUCGUGUCGCUGUUCAACCGCUUCGACUGCUUCGUGGUGAUAAGCUCUAUCCUGGAGACGGUGUUCACAUACACCGACAUCAUGCCUCCGCUAGGAGUGUCCGUGCUUCGAUGCGUCCGCCUGCUGCGAAUAUUCAAGGUCACCAAGUAUUGGGCGUCGCUUCGGAACCUGGUGGCGUCGCUGAUCAACUCGAUGCGGUCGAUCGCCAGCCUGCUGCUGCUGUUGUUCCUGUUCAUCGUGAUAUUCGCGCUGCUCGGCAUGCAGGUGUUCGGCGGCAGGUUCAACCGCCCCACCGAGGACAAGCCGCGGAGCAAUUUCGACACCUUCUGGCAGGCCCUGCUCACCGUAUUCCAGAUCCUGACCGGCGAGGACUGGAACGUAGUGAUGUACGACGGCAUCAAAGCCUUCGGUGGUGUUGGCUCUUUCGGCGGGGUGGCCUGCAUCUACUUCAUUAUUCUCUUCAUUUGCGGCAACUCAUGUUGUAAUGAAGACAUAUUGCUCAACGUAUUCUUGGCCAUCGCGGUAGACAACCUGGCUGACGCUGAAAGCCUCACUGCCAUAGAAAAGGAGGACGAGGAAGAGGAGGAAGGCGCCGAGGAAGACGAGGACGAGCGGCGCAAGCGGCUCCGCCAGGAGCGGAAGCGGCGCCUGAGGCGGCGGCGUCGGCGGCGGCGCCGGCGCGAGCGCAAACGGCGUCAGCAGCAGCAACAGCAGCAACGGCAGCAGCGGGACGCCGAACAGAACACCGGCGGGGCCAGCCAGGACGAGGCCUCGAACGAGGCGGGGAGGGGCGCGAACAACGGGGGUCACUCGCCGUCGGACAAGGCUGACGCCCUGGCCGGCCACAUGAACCAUGCACCGCUCAUCAAGAUAUCUAAGGAAAAACAAGACAAGACACAAGUACAAAUUACUGUAGAAGACACAAGUGCUGACGAUGGGAGCGCGAAAAACCCAGUUGACCAAGAGGAAAGCGACGAUGACGAUGAUGACGGUAGCGACGAGGAGGACGACGACGACGACGAAGACGACGACGAAGAUUACGGGGACGAAGAGGAGGACGUUGGGGACGAGGAAGACGAAGAAGACGAGGAGGAUGAGGAAGAGCUGGACGAGGAGGAGGUGGAGUCUGAUGAAGAGUCCGUCAGAUCGUCGCGCCCGCGCCGCAUGUCUGAACUCAACAUCAAGACCAAGAUCCGGCCCAUCCCCAAGGCCAGCUCUUUCUUCAUCUUCUCGCACGACAACAGAUUUCGUAUCCUCUGCCACAAGAUAAUCAACCACAGUUACUUUGGCAACUUCAUUCUUGUGUGCAUUCUCGUCAGCAGUGGUAUGCUCGCCGCGGAGGACCCGCUUCGCUCAAACACACACCGGAACACGAUUCUGAAUUACUUCGACUACUUUUUUACCACUGUUUUUACCAUUGAGAUCACGCUCAAGGUGAUAGCGUACGGGGUGAUUCUGCACAAAGGGUCCUUCUGCAGGAGUUACUUCAACCUCCUCGAUGUCCUCGUCGUCUGCGUGUCGCUCAUCUCGUUCGGCUUCGGAGAUGGGACCAUCUCUGUAGUGAAAAUCCUUCGUGUCUGUCGCGUGCUUCGUCCACUGAGGGCCAUCAAUAGGGCUAAAGGUCUAAAGCACGUAGUGCAAUGCGUCAUCGUGGCCGUGAAGACGAUCGGCAACAUCAUGUUGGUGACGUUCCUGCUCAACUUCAUGUUCGCCGUCAUUGGCGUCCAGCUCUUUAAGGGGAAGUUCUUUCGAUGUACCGACCGGUCAAAGCUGACACAAGCAGAAUGCCGGGGAAAGUUCAUCGUGUACGCCGAGGGCGAUAUAACGCGACCGUCCGAAGAGAGCCGGAUGUGGGAACAGAACAACUUCCAUUUUGACGACGUCCUCAAGGCCAUGCUGACGCUCUUUACCGUGUCCACUUUCGAAGGGUGGCCCGACCUCCUGUACGUGGCCAUCGAUUCGAAUGAGGAAGACCACGGCCCGUUGUACAACUAUCGGCCCCUAGUGGCAGUGUUCUUCAUCGUAUACAUCAUCAUCAUCGCAUUCUUUAUGGUGAACAUCUUCGUCGGCUUCGUUAUUGUGACCUUUCAAAACGAAGGCGAGCAGGAGUACAAGAACUGCGAACUCGACAAGAACCAAAGGAACUGUAUCGAGUUCGCACUCAAAGCGAAACCCGUGCGGCGCUACAUCCCAAAGGCCCGCUUCCAGUACAAGAUGUGGUGGUUCGUCACGUCCCAGUAUUUUGAGUACGCGCUCUUCGUGCUCAUCAUGACCAAUACCCUCACCCUUGCCAUGAAGUUCUACGGCCAACCCGAAUCCUACACGUACGCCCUGGAUGUCAUGAACAUGAUUUUCACCGCCGUUUUUGCCCUCGAGUUCGUCCUAAAAAUUGUGGCCUUCAGGUUCAAGACAACAUCUUGA